AUGACCACUGCUGCAAAGCCUCAUUCGGUGGCCUCCUCUCUUAGUGAGUCUUGGCAACGCAUCGCGGAUAAGGUGGGGAAUGCGCCCAGGGGGCUGUAUAUCGUGUUAGGCGUCAUCUUGGCCCUUUCUGCAGUCAUUGGGAUUGGAAUCUAUCUGCAGUUACGUAGUCGAGCGUCUACAUCACGUACGGGGUCCUCGGCAGCACCAGCACAGGCGGGGCCCAAAGGAUCACGACAAGGUGGAGAAGCGAUAAAAGAAACGAACCGAGAAGUUGAGAUGUCCCGUCGACAGCAAUUCGCAGCGGGCACUAAGCGAAUCACUGAUCGACAAGUGGCAGUCCAGAGGGUGGGCACAACGGCCCCUCCUGUUUCGUUGAUUCAACCCGCACUCCGCCGCCUGCUCCGCUUCCCCGACUUCUACGCGCGCCUCGCCGCCGCCCGCGGCGACCUCUGCCUCUGCGUCAAGUACCAGCUCCCCGGCGAGGACCUCGACGCGCUCGUCUCCGUCACCAACGACGAGGACCUCGAGCACCUCGUCAUCGAGUACGACCGCCUCCACCUCUUCCGCGCCCCCCGCCGCGCCGGGAUCUGGGGGCUCGUCGCGGGGCUUCCUCUUCCGGGUCUUCCUCUUCCCCGUCGCCCCGCCUCCCCGCCCAAGCCGCAGCAGGAGUUGCAGCGCGAUUGGUACCUCGACCUCAAGUCCGCCAGCUCGCCUCCGCUGCCGCCGCCACCGCCGCUGCAGAACCAGCAGAUGCAGCAGCCGCAGGUGGUGAAGCAGGAGGCGGUGCCCGUCCAGUCGCCGCCUCCCGCGGCGCCCAUGGCUGUGCCCCAGUCCGUCUUGGUGGCGUCCAAGACCGGCCCCAACUACCUCUUCAGCUUCGACUACGGCUUCAUGCCGCCGCCGGCUGCCCCUGUCCCAGCGCCCUUGUCCAGGAACGGCAGCGACGACUUCCUCACCCGCGCCUACCCUCCAGCCACCGCCACCCCAACCGCAGCAGCAGAGUACUAUGUUACCAAGUUCCCGGAGAAGCCUCCAGUCCCGCCUCCAUCAUCGGCUCCCCCUGCGGCGGCCUUCCUGCCGGUGCCUGGCAGGUAUGGAUCCGUUGCGCCUGGCUCUGGCGCUGACCCUGGCCCUUUCUUCUUCAUCCCGGCGCCGCCCCAUGGUUACUACACCAGCGCCAACCCCGGCGGCACCUCCUACUACGCCGUCCCGCACAACAACGGCAAUGCCAACGGGAACGGCACCGCACCGGCCCCUGCCCUGUCGAGCACUCAGGGGUCAGGGCUACCCGCAGGUGGCGUACGACAGCAACGGCCGCGCCGUCUACUACACCGGCCUGCUCCCACAGUACCCGUCGGCCGUCAAUGGAGGCGGCAUGUCGACGUCCGCAGCGGUGCUCGGGACGGAGCCCUCGAAGCCGGUGGCGGUGAAGACGACCGUCUCGUGAGCGAUCGCCAGCCAGCUCAAGCCGCCUUUCCUAAAUUCAGUAUGGGUUAACAGAGUCUGCCAGCCAAUUUUCGUUCGUUGGUUUGUUCGUGAUAUGCAACUAGGAGUGGUGCUGCUUGGUGUGCUUAGAUGUACAUACAUCCUUUGUGGACAUAAUGGAUAUUAUAUUAACAUGUUGGAGUAAUUAACUGCAA